AUGUCUGACCUCUCCGUCCAACUCGAGACGCCGCACGCCGGCAAGUACACCCAGCCAACAGGCCUUUUCAUCAACAAUGAGUUCGUAAAGGCCGUCGACGGCAAGACCUUCGAGGUCAUCAACCCCUCCACCGAGGAGGUCAUCACCUCCGUCCAAGAGGCCACCGAGAAGGAUGUCGACAUCGCAGUCGCCGCCGCCCGCAAGGCAUUCGAGGGCCCAUGGCGGUCAGAGACCCCCGAGAACCGUGGCAAGCUCCUGAACAAGCUCGCCGCUCUCUUCGAGCAGAACCUCGACCUCCUCGCCUCCGUCGAGGCUCUCGAUAACGGCAAGGCCGUCUCCAUGGCCAAGGUCGACAUCAGCAUGUGCGCGGGCUGCUUGCGAUACUACGGCGGCUGGGCCGACAAGAUCGAGGGCAAGGUCGUCGAUACCACCCCAGAUACCUUCAACUACAUCAAGAAGGAGCCAAUCGGUGUUUGCGGUCAGAUCAUCCCAUGGAACUUCCCAUUGUUGAUGUGGGCAUGGAAGAUUGGUCCAGCCAUUGCUGCUGGUAACACUGUCGUUCUCAAGACUGCUGAGCAGACUCCUCUUGGUGGUCUCGUUGCCGCUACCCUCAUCAAGGAAGCCGGCUUCCCACCAGGCGUUGUGAACAUCAUCUCUGGCUUCGGUAAGGUUGCUGGUGCAGCCAUUGCCUCGCAUAUGGACAUCGACAAGGUUGCCUUCACUGGAUCCACCGUCAUUGGCCGAACUAUCCUCAAGGCUGCUGCUGGCUCUAACCUGAAGAAGGUCACCCUCGAACUCGGUGGCAAGAGCCCCAACAUUGUCUUCGACGACGCCGACAUCGACAACGCCAUCUCAUGGGUCAACUUUGGUAUCUUCUUCAACCACGGCCAGUGCUGCUGUGCCGGUUCGCGUAUCUAUGUCCAGGAGGGCAUCUACGACAAGUUCAUCCAGCGAUUCAAGGAGCGAGCACAGAAGAACGUUGUUGGCGACCCAUUCGCCAAGGACACCUUCCAGGGCCCACAGGUCUCGCAACUCCAGUUCGACCGUAUCAUGAGCUACAUCAAGGCAGGCAAAGACGCCGGCGCGACCGUCGAAAUCGGCGGCAACCGCAAGGGCGACAAGGGCUACUUCAUCGAGCCCACCAUCUUCUCCAACGUCACCGAGGACAUGAAGAUCGUGCAAGAAGAAAUCUUCGGCCCCGUCUGCUCCAUCUCCAAGUUCAAGACCAAGGAGGAGGUCAUCAAGACCGGCAACGCCACCACCUACGGCCUCGCCGCCGCCGUGCACACCAAGAAUCUCAACACCGCCAUCGAGGUCUCCAACGCCCUCAAGGCCGGCACCGUCUGGGUCAACACCUACAACUCCCUGCACCACCAGCUGCCGUUCGGCGGUUACAAGGAGUCGGGUAUUGGCCGUGAGCUUGGUGAGGAUGCGUUGGCGAAUUACACGCAGACCAAGACGGUCAGCAUCAGACUUGGUGAUGCUCUGUUUGGUUAA